AUGUCUACCGAAGAAACCGGUCUCCCCGCUCACUGGACCGUGCGGUUCUCCAAGUCUAAGAACCUCCCAUACUACUUCAACACAUCUACCAACGCAUCGCAAUGGGCUCCUCCGCCUGAUGCGGACACUGAGAAGCUGAAGGUGUAUAUGGCGAAUGAAUUCCCCGCCACGAUGCUGCAGCCGUCUGAGGGCGGUGGCCAGGCGGGGAAGAUCAGAUGCAGCCACUUGCUUGUCAAGCACGAGGGAAGCAGAAGGGCUAGCUCAUGGAAGGAGGCCAAAAUUACCAGGACAAAGGAAGAGGCUAUGGAGAUGAUUCUCGGCUUCGAGGCGCGUGUGAGAGAUGGCUCGGUUAGCUUGGCUGAACUGGCGCUCACCGAGUCUGAUUGCAGCAGUGCGAGAAAGCGCGGCGAUCUUGGGUUCUUCGGAAGGGGCGAAAUGCAGAAGGAGUUUGAAGAUGCUGCCUUCGAGCUAAGACCUGGUGAAAUGAGCCAUGCCGUGGAGACUGCUUCUGGAAUCCAUCUUAUCGAAAGGUUGGAAUGA